AUGACUACGUCCACCGAACAACCCGAGGCCAGAGGAACCCGCACCACACCACGGAACGCGACAACUACGCACACGACGGAACACUGUCGCUCGAACGAGAGUACACGGCGAACUGACGGGCAGCUCACGGAGCUGAAGCACAAGUUCCAGCAGCGUAAGAACGGCCAGAACUUCGCCGCGCACGGGACUGUGUCGAAUGAGUUGCAACCUCGCAACUUCGAUGUUGUGGCACUGCAGGAGGUGUGCUUGGAGGAGGAGCAGGUGCUCGACUGGCCAGGUCGGCAGACCAAUUCCCGGUUUUAUCUGAGCGGCGGCAAGGACAAGAAGCUGGGUACCGGCUUUAUCGUGCGGGGCAAGAUGCAGGAUCGCGUGUUCGGCUUCACGGCGAUCAGCGAGCGGAUGUGUAAGUUGAGGAUAAGAGGCCGUUUCUUCAACUACAGCAUCAUCAACGUGCACUGCCCCCACGAAGAAAAGACCGAUGAUGAGAAGGAAGCAUUCUACGCGACGCUGGAGGAGGUGUACGACGGCUGUCCGCGGCAGGAUGUAAAGAUCAUCAUUGGGGACAUGAACGCUCGGUUCGGAAGGGAGGAAAUGUUUCGACCGACAAUAGGCCCAGAAAGUCUACAUGCGGUCACGAACGACAACGGCCAACGCUGCAUCGACUUCGCAGCCUCCCGUGGAAUGGUGGUCAGGAGCACCUACUUUCCUCGCAAGGACAUCCACAAAGCCACCUGGACAUCACCUGACCAACGGACGAAAACGCAAAUCGACCACCUGUCGACGGUGUACAACCAACGCCGAAGCCGGCGGGCCCCUCCGUUCAACACCGCGUGUCUCCAGAACGGGGAAGUGGCCCACAGUUACGCGCAGCAGCUGGAAGCGAAUCUGCCAGGUGAGGAGGAACUUGGCGCAGCCUCGCUCGAAGAUGGUUGGAGCCGUAUUCGCUCAGCCAUCGGCAGUGCAGCGGAAGCCACACUGGGCUUCGUGCCGCGAGCCGACGUGUGCAGGGACAGUGGUGGAAACCUGAUCGUAAACAAGAGCGAGGUGUUGGACAGGUGGAAGCAGUACUUCAACGAGCACCUCAACGGCGAUGAAGCGAACGGAGACGGCGAUGGAGUCAACCUUGGAGCGCCCGCAGCUGAUGAACAUGGCAACACGCUUUUCCGCGAAGAGGGCGCGCAACGCGGAAAACUACUUCCGCAGUCGCGGUUUUGCGCCGGGGCCCAUCAACCCUCACCCGUCAAGGGCGGGCUGGGGGGGCUGGCGUAUUUUUCCGGUGGGAGGAAAAAGUUAUGA